UUUCAGCGCUGGGUUAGAGCCAAAAACAUCAGGCAUCAACCUCAGGAGCAACGACUCGAGGGCUUGGUGUUCUUGCACGACGACGAAGCCGGAGUGGUGCGUCUGGGAUGGAGAUUCCAGCGCGCCAUGGACACACUCUGCAACGAGGUGCGCUCCAAAUCCACCUUUCACAGACCGAGGCGAACGCUUUCUCUGUUCAUGCGAGCGUACACAAAGAUGCAGAAGACAGUGCUGGUUUUCCUUGUUGCCCGACAAGGCGCUUAUGCGCUGGACUUUAUCGACAAACAUGGGUGGGAAGACCUAAAUAGUCACUUCAACACGGUCGGGAGAAAAUAUCCUGGAUUGGCGGAUAUAGGAACGAGGAUAUGUCAAUGGUAUCCGAAGGAUAUUGACAAGAUCCUUGCAAAGGCUGAAGAGAUGUCA